AUGACGACGUGGACGGCGGCGGCGUCGAUCUUCUGGCUGACGAUGACGUUCAUCUCCAACGGCGUCGUUUCUUCUCCGAAGCCGUCUGAACAUAUUCGGCGCCAGAAAGUGAGCGAUUUUGAGACUAAACGUGGAGACUUAGACGGAUUUCACUGUGCUUUUUUUAAAGAGAGUUAAUAGAAACAUUUUCCGAAGUUUGAAACGACAGAGUGGUCCCUAGAAGGGCAACCUUACGGGAACUCAGAGGUAUCUCCGUAGGGACCACCUUACUCUCCCCUAUAGGGGGAACAAAAGCUUGUAAAAGUGGCCACUCAAGGGGUAUUAGUUAGUUGCCAUUCUCGGGGUACUGUCAUUUAUCGUUAAAAUCUUAUGAGAAGAAGCAUUGUCAUGCUAGAAACUUCCUAAAAAUUAAAACAACCCUGUAGGGACCACUAGGGCUUAGAGUCUGACCCUAACCACCUAUAGAAACCAUCUUUUACCACUCUGAGGAGUAUGGGGGCUGUUUUUCGCAGGAACCAUUCAGGAAAUCCUAAAAGUCUUUAAUCAGAAAAAUAUAUUUCCAAGCUGUGAACUUUUCGAACAAUUUUUCUGACUUGUCUGCUCUCUCUCUCUCUUCUUCUACAGUGAGGAGGUUAUAAAAAUAUGAAAAAGUGGCUGAGAGAGAAGAGGAUGUAGAGAAACCAGGCUUUUCAAAGUUAUGGGAGCGUGGUAAACAUGAAAACUCAUCAAGAAUUUGAUCAUUAUAAAAGCUGUUCAGGACCGGAUUCUGGACGGUUUGAAGCUGCAGAACCGGUCUCACGUCGUCAGGACCUACGAAUCGCUGAUUUUCGCCGACGACGACCCCGUUCAAGUUGAGAACUUCCUCCUCAACAUCAAUCCGAUCCGUGGGACUCCCUUUCUUAUAACGUAUAUUCAAGUAUCUUCAGAAUCACUGUGCGAAACGCCCCAAAUGCUGGUCAAAGACUGCUUCCGAUUUGUCGUCGACCAACGGAAGAAAUUGGUUUCGGCAGAGUUGCUCCUAACGUAGGUUUUCUGAAGAAUUUGGACAAUAAGAAACAAAAAAAAAAGUGAAAACAACAAGAUACUGGAAUAAAAUCUGCUUGUGACUUACAAUUAAGCAUUUAGCGAUGGCGCGUAAGCCGUUUCAGGUCUGGCGCUGAAUUAUAUACCUUUAUAUGACCUUCAGAAAGCCACGCGUAAUGGGUUAAUUAUAUAUGCGAGUUUUUGUUUUUUUCCUCGAAAUAUAGUCCGUUUUUCGUUACUUGAAAGGGACUUCUCUGGGCCCUCCUAAUCUCUCCACUACCCUCUCAGGUUAACGUGCUUUCAUCUUUCUCUGACCUUGCUGAUGAUGGAAAGAGAGACGCAGACACUCGAAAACAUUCCAGUCGCCGCGAACCGGUUAUACUAAAAAAAAACUUAUAGUAAAGUUCAGAAUCCGACCCGAGAUCCGUGGAGAAAACGUGACCAUCACCCUCUUCGAGGUACACGAGUUCUUCGGCGACCUGACGUUCAUCCAUCGAUUCGACGUCUCUCAAAAUUCUGAAGACCCGGUUCGAGUUUACGUCGACGUCUUCGACGACUUCAGCGAUCAUCCGACGAGACGGCCGAAAAUUUGUCUUUUCAAGGUACUGAUAUAUUUGAUUCGUCAGCACCCGAAAAAGUCUGAGUUUAAUAUAAAUUGGCUUUUUCUUGACCUUUAGAAAGGGUCAAAGUUUGUUUUCUUAUAGAUCAUCUAACACGGGAGAUCCUUUCCGUUUUCGGCCUUGAAAUUGCAGAAAAUACGCUCAAAUACGCUCUGAAGGUAUAGAAGAUCCCUCGGACGUUGGUUACGAAAACCAGAAUCGCUCCGGACGUUUCUGAGCAAUUCUAGGGAUCACUCAAGUGCUGACGCUUUUAAAGUGGUCGCUAGAAAUGCCCCGACUCGUCCGAUUCGUGUUACCAAGGCCCGGGCCCUAAGAAAUAGACCUAACAAGGAGGUAAUUUUACCUUGCGGCUUGGAAUUUGCUGAAAAUUCGCUCAAACGGACUCUGAAGGUUUAAACGAAGGUCCAUCAUAGUCGGUACCAGGUCCAACUUCUAGUAUUUAAGAUAAAUUUUUUAAUUCGGAAAACAUAGCUUAAAAAUCCAUACUUCCAAAGUUUGAAAAAAAUCAUGUCUCUGAAACCAGAAUUUGGACUAGGUACAGACUUUGACGGAUCUCCAUCUAGACCUUCAGAGAGUGUUUGAGCGACUUUGUAGAAAAUCCCAAGCCGCAAAGUGAAUGACCUCCCUUGUAAAGAAAGGACUGGAAAUCCUGGAACUGAUUUCAGCUCGAAGUGACCAUCGACGAUGAAAGAGUCUCUCUGAACCGAGUGCUCGCCGAAUUUCCAACCUUACACCUGACAGCCGCGGUGAACAACGAAGAUCCGGUCCAUGGAAAUCAGCCGAUUUGUGAUCCGAAGUUGGAGUGUUGCGUCGUCCCUUUCUACGUCAACUUCACAGAACUCGGUGAGAAAUAUUUUGUCCAAAAGUUCAAAUUUUUAUCUGAUUGAAACGUUCUCUGCUCUUAUCAAGUAGAAAGGCUAUUAGUGAUAACAAAACUUUAAUCAGUAGUGUUCCAAAUAGAGCCCAACUAGGCCUGGAGAGACCCCAUAGAAGCUAUGUUUUUCUACCUUUCGAGACAGUGUGGAAAAACAAGAGGUUCAGACGCCUAUGUUUCUAAUUAUGUUCCAAGCUAGGGAUUUCUUUCUAUAAAAGCCGAGGUCUUCGACUUUUUGGGAUAUUUUGUCUUAAGCUAGCAGUGAAUGAACUAUAAAUCGAAAUUCACAGGCUGGGACGACUGGAUCAUCUCGCCGCCGGGCUUCUACGCCAACUACUGCGCAGGGCCGUGCAAGCGGGACAUCGACGACAUCUACCAGCGGAUUAUGGGUGACGCCUACAGUAACCACUCGGCGAUACAAAUCCCGAAGCCGAAGUGUGCCCCCGCCGAGUAUGGGAGCCUGGAGAUCGUCUACGCGGUCAGCGACCGCGACAUCCGAAAGACGCGGCUUCACGGAAUGCGAGUACUGUCGUGCAGCUGCUCAUCGUAG